UGUACGAUCUCCGCUUUUCUUUCCUUUUUUUUUUCUCGCUUUUUGCUUACCAAAUCAUCAUGUCCUUUGCCAACAUGCUCAGUGGGGCCGAGUGCUCCUCGGGAGCUAAUCCAAUGGCCCAAAUGUUAAAACAAUUUAAUCAAGAUCGAUCACUUCAAAGAGAUCGGUUUGGCUCACCAGAACAAGGUUCGGCAAGCACGCAAUCGAUUCGAACGGAGCAGCGAGGUCCAAUGGCAGGCAGAGAUCAUGCCUUGGUGAAUGAGUUUUUCGGACAGGAACAGCGACCCAUGGGAAGACCCGACACCGCUGGUUCUCUGGGAACCCCGUUUGAAUUCUCGGAAUUGCAUCACGAAUUAGACGCUUUACGACAUCACCCUCCAGCUCAUGGGACAGCCGGCAGUUGGACGAAUGAGUUUGAUACCAUGCACCAGCAAGGCGGGGCCAGGCUGUGGGAAAUCUCGCCUGAAGAAGAAGCAGCGAUGGAAAAAGUAUUUCAGGAAAGCAGGAUGGCCGCAGGGUCUACCCAGAAUGUGCACGCUUGGCAUGACGAGUUUAUGAACCAUCCGGAAGUAGCAAAUAUGGAUCCGAGACAAUUGACUGAAUUUGAGAACGCUUUCCAGAAAUACUUCGAUUGGGCGAAUGAGUUUGAUCUGUAUCAAGAUAAAGGAAAAGGCAAGAGUGCGGCGGUGGAUCUCAAUGCAAGCUGGGAGGAGCAAUUUGCCGCACACGAAGCCAAAGAGGAAACCGAGGAAGAUAUUGCGAAAAAGGUGGAAGAAGCGGCGGCAUCGCAGGAUCCAUUAGCAUUUGAGCAGUUUGAAUCGAUAUGGCAAGACAUUCGGGAUCAAAUGGGUGGCGGCGGGACCGAAGACACGGAUAAUUGGGAGGACGAAUUUGGCCAAUUUGUGAACACGAAUCCCACCUAUAAACCCGAUUUGGGCGAUUACGUGUUUGAAAUUGAUAAUCCGUACUUGGAACGUGCGAAUUCGUAUGCGGAAGGAUUGGCCAUGAUGGAACAGAAUGGUAGUCUCAACGAGAUCGCCCUGGCCCUGGAAGCAACGGUGCAAAAAGACCCAAAUAAUGCUGAAGCGUGGAUGCACCUUGGCAAUAUCCAAGCGCAAAACGAAAAAGAAGAACCGGCCAUUCGUGCGCUGGAAAAAGCUGUCAGCUUGGACCCUGGGAAUUUGACGGCGCUCAUGUCGCUCGCCGUCAGUUACACAAAUGAAUCGUAUGACCAGGCCGCUUAUCAAACUUUGGAACGAUGGAUUACCGAAAAAUACCCUUCUUUGGCCAAAACUCAAUCGGCCUCAUCGACCGCCACUCCCUUUGAGCUUCACGAUCGCGUCACCGAAAUGUUUCUAACCGCCGCACGGCAAGCACCGGAAGGCCAACUCAUGGACCCCGACGUGCAGGUCGGAUUAGGAGUCCUGUUCUACGGUGGCGGCGAACUUGACAAGGCCAUUGAUUGCUUCGCCUCUGCCCUCAAAGGACGACCCAACGAUUUUUUGCUGUGGAAUCGGUUGGGGGCCACCCUGGCGAACAACGGACGAUCUGAGGAUGCGAUCGAUGCAUAUCACAAGGCCUUGGAACUGUGUCCAUCUUUUGUCCGUGCACGAUAUAAUCUGGGGGUGAGCUGUAUCAACAUUGGCUGCCAUCGUGAAGCUGCUGAGCAUCUGCUCACGGGUUUAUCCAUGCACAAGCGAGGACUGGAAAAUGCAGAGGAAGGAGUCAAUGUAUCGAGCAAUUUAUGGGAAAUGCUGCGGAAGACGUUCAUGAUGAUGAAUCGACGAGAUUUGGCGGAUAAAGCGAUACCAGGCGCAGAUAUCAAUCAAUUUAGAAAUGAAUUUGAAUUCUGAUUUGUAACAUAGCUUUGAGGGAGGGUUUAGAGCAUUCACAGGAUAUUAACUGUAUUGUAC